ACCGAAGACCCUUUCAGUAACCGGGAUAGUGAUGAUUUGAGAUGCCGGUUGCCACGGAAUUUGAAAUCGGUCAUCGCGACCAGGUGAACGUGAUUAAAUUCAAUUUCUACGGUAAUCGCAUUCUCACGGCUUCCUCCGAUCAUCGCGUCAAGGUUUGGGACCAGAACGAAGCCGGCUGGGAGCUAAUAGAUACAUGGCGCGCCCAUGAUGCUGAAAUUUACGAUGCAGCAUGGAACGGUCCGUUUACCGGCCAGCAUAUCGGCACUGUAGGCAAUGACAUGAAGUUCAAGCUCUGGCAGGAAGAUCUUACGCAGCCUCCCAACUCCGGACGCCGUUUUCGCAGCAUUUUUCGAUUGACCUCUCCCGUUCGCACCCCCUAUGUUUCCCUCGAUUUCCGUAACAUCGACCUUGACUCGUGGCUUGCGGUCAUCACCCGGGAUGGUCUUCUUACAGUCCUUGAGCCGGUCGGAGGCGACACCUUGGCCGAAUGGCAACAAAUUGACCAGUUCCGAGUUUGCGCCGAACCUCAACGUGGCGAGGAGACCAGCUUCAAGGUCCAAUUCCAUCAUGAUCCGUUCGAUAUGACACAUCUUGUUAUGCCGUCGUGGGACAGCAAAAGCCUCUCUCUGGUAGUUGCAGCAAUGGAUACUGUGAAAGUCUAUAGGAUGGGCGCCGAUCGGCAGUUCUACCAUGCUAUCGAACUUACGGGGCAUCCCUCUCUCGUGCGCGAUGUCUCUUGGGCUCGCGGUUCCGUACGCGGGUAUGAUUUAAUUGCGAGCGGUUCUAAAGAUGGCACCAUCAAAAUCUUCGAGGUUUAUACAUCUACUGCAAGCAAUAAUGUUACAAACGGGGCUAGUGAAGGUGCAAGUUCGACCAACUCUCAGAGGGCAUCGCCAAUGCGCCCCGCAACUCAAUCUGGAAUCGGGUCUGCCCUUGCGAGUCGAACCACUGCGCCCAUUGCGGAUAAGCAAAGAAGCGGGAGAAGCGCCUUCGAGCAUACAUUUAAAGAAGUGGGAUCUAUCGAUAGCAAGCACGCAUGUGUGUGGCAGGUUCAGUUUUCUCAUGCAGGCGACUGCCUUAUGUCCUCUGGGGAUGACGGUAUGGCUCGAUUUUGGAAACGGGCCGUCUCAGGAAAAUGGCUCGAGUUUGCAGAGGCAGAUAUGACAGAGGAGUCAUAGUUCUAUUUAGAGAUGGGACCCCGUUUUCGGCGUCAGGCCACAUCACCAAACCGAUCUUUUCCUCUUGCUUAACCCGGAGUACGGCGAUAAAUAGGGCAUGGUUAUCCUUCUUGUAACAGCAUGAUACCCUUCAAUACGAAUGAUUUCCUGGUGGUAUUUCUGUUUGUUCCACGAAAGUAGCUUUUCAACAGAUAGUUGGGCGAUAAUAAAUAUCAACAAUUAAACCCAGC